AAACAAAAUGAUGUUUGACAAUGUUUGUCAAAAGUUGAUUUUGUACGAGAUGGGAAAGUACAAAAAAUUGAUUUUGCGAUACCGAAAAACGAUCUGAAAAAACGAAAAUGUUAAUGUCGCCAUGCUUCAUAAAUAACCAUUAACGAUACCUUUUAGGAGAUACUGUUAUUAUAAAUCUUUGUAUUUAAUUUAUAUGCAAGCGGACGCUCAAUGCAUAUUCAGCGUGCACGAGAGAUAUUUCAACUCUCUCGCGUUCACAUAGACAUAGACUAUACAUUGAGCGCGCAUUCAAAUGCUCUGGGGGUUUUGUUAUUGGUUGGUUGAAGCAUGUGUGAGAUUUGGCAACAACAAAAUAUUCAUUUUUCAUAUUGUUUUUAGGGUAGCAAAUGACAUAUUUUGAGGUUUUACAUUGCUUAUACCUGUAUAUAUCAAGUCUAGAGAAAAGUUCUAAAGCUCAUUUUUUAUUUAGAAUGUCCUAAAAACCGCAAAAUACUUUAAACAAAGCGAACAAAUCAAUUUUUGGAAUCGGUUUAAUAACAAUUUUUGGAGCAAUUUUGGGCCUAGUCACAUGCAGAUUCUUUAAGAGGUCCUUGAAUCAGAUUAUGCAAAAAUAGGAAUCGGAAGAGUUUUCCGAGCAGAUGUUCCAAUAUUAUCUGGACUAUUAUCCGAGUUCUGUGACCUGCAUUGGCGCAAGCGUGUGGGGAGGGGCCACUUGUCAACGUCAAGGCUGGUCCGCCAGUCCACGUGACACAUAAGCCACAAAACACUAACCAAAUUCAAGCGGAUAACCAAAUGGAAAUGGUAUUUACCAUUUUGGCUUGGUAUUUACCAAUCCGUUCAAGCGAUUGUAGUUAUCAGUUUGGUUAUAAGAUCCGUGACGUCACGAAUCAGCUGUUAUAUGUCAUAGUUAUCACCGCAAAAUUGUGGUAUUUACCCAACUCAAGAGUAGUUUUAUAUUUCUGGUUAUUAUUUGAAAUGUGACAAGUUGGAAUUUUGCCGGGUAAUGGAUAUUGUUAUUGUACUUCAGCUUCAUUGAGAAAAUUGAUAGAGGCUGACUUCAGUUUUACCAUAAUGUGGAGCACCUUAUUAGUUAUACUCAUUACGGUUGUUGGGGACACUUUAAAUGUAGUUGCUAUGCUUAACAAAGUAUCCUGUGUAGCCAUAAACCACAAAAAUAUGAAAAUAUGGCCAUAUAAACUCACUAGAUAUCCAUCUGUAUACGGUUUUGCUAAUUUCUUUUUCCAUCAUUUCUGCUGAAUCAAUAAAUGUUUUCUUUGACAUGCGGAAAAAUUUAGAGAAUUGAAAGUUAUCAUAGCUACAAAGCCAUGGUUCCAUCAUUAAAAAAAAAAUCUGAAAAAAACAUGUCUCCCAUGAAUAUUAUGAAAGGUUUCUUAUUUAAACUUUCCAUAUACAGUUGUAGACGAAAAAGCACCGAUUAUUAAGUGAUAAUAAAAAUAAUCAGAGAUUAUAUACGCGCUUUUCUAAAAUAAACAACUUGCAACAAAACCGCGGUUAAAACCAAUGCGUUCAAGCGAUUCGAGUAACUGACGUCACCAUCCCGUGUGUCAUCUUGAACCAUAUUAUAACCGCGGUACAUAAUACGGAAAUUUUGGUUAUCCGCUUGGAUUUGAUUACUCUUUCAUCUGCUACUUUGACGUUAAACAUAUGAUUAUUUAAGGGUAUUUAACUUUCAUGUUGCCUCAACUGCUACGUUGGCAAUCCUGGCCGCGCAUGCGCAUGAAAUGCUCAUUUUCUUAAGUUAAGCUAGGUUAAAUCGUGCAUGAACCCACCAUAUUGGUCGGUGAUCAGAGCGAAUCGAAAUGAAUUUUAACGAUCAUUUUAGAUUCAGCCUCAGGAGUAUAGUUUGUAACUUUUAAAUGGACUCAUAGUUAUAGUUCUAGUCAAAUUUCAGUUCAAGUUUUCAAAAUAACUUCGGACAAUAUCGAAGUAGCGAUAAGGGUCAGACCAAUGAUCCAGUGAGAAGUAGCUGAGGGUCUAGUGGUCUAGAGUCUAGACCCUCUCUGGAGGAUAAAAGAAAACUCCAUAUGGGAAACCGAUGAAAUUAGCCGCCACGGAGAGGUUUACAUUCGAACGUUUCAAUGCCACAAUAUUUACAUAUGGUCAAACAUAUCUUUUGGCAAAACACACGAUUUUGGGCAAUAAAACAGAUCCUGGACUUUUCCAAUUAGUAUCUAAUCGGAUAUUCCAACAUGUGGCAGACCAGGUUGAAAAGAGAUACUUGAUUAGCAAGAAGCCGAGUUAUCAGACAGGUUGA